CUACUUCGUAUCAUCCAUCGGGACCUCAAAGCCAGCAACAUUUUGUUGGACUCAGACAUGAAUCCGAAGAUAUCGGAUUUCGGUUGGGCGAGACUGUUCGAGUUGGAUCAAACUCAUGCAGAGACAAAGCGAAUCGUGGGGACCGACGGAUAUAUGGCACCGGAGUAUGAGAUGAACGGAAAGUUCUCGGACAAGUCAGAUGUAUACGGUUUCGGAGUGCUGGUUUUGGAGAUUGUGAGUGGUCGCAGGAACAAUCACCGCAUCGGCAAUGACAUGGAGGAUCUUCUAAGCUACGUUUGGAAGAAUUGGAGGGAAAGAUCAAUAUCGAACAUCAUCGAUCCCUCCAUAACUUCUGGUUCGAAUACUGGAAUUGUGAGGUGCAUCCACAUUGGCCUGCUAUGUGUCCAAGAAAACGAAGCUAGCCGGCCAACGAUGGCCUCGGUUUGCCUCUUGCUUAGCAGCCCCUCGGCUGCUCUCCAAGUGCCGUCGAGACCCGCAUUCUUCAUUCAACGGGUCGUUGUAUAUGAUACGUCAUCCACGCAGGAUUACAGUUCGAGAGUAUCCGAGGCUGAGAGAUCAAGAAGCGAAUCGAACCAGUUCUAAAAAAAUGAGGCCUCUAUCACGCAGGAUUACAGUUCGAGAGUAUCUAAUGUCGAGAGAUCAAGAGGCAGAUCCAACCAGUUCUCCAAAAAUGAGGCAUGUAUGACGCAAGAUUACAGUUCGAGUAUAUCUAACGUCGACAGAUCAAGAGGCAGAUCCAACCAGUUCUC